AUGGAUAUCGAUAUCGUCGAGGAGAAUGAGCAGCAGCUUCAGCCAGAGCCAGUCAAAGUCACCGGCAAACGGCCUGCCAACCUACCAGUCGACGAGGCCCACCCUUUUGACCUCGAGGCGUACAUCUCAAGCUACAAAGGACGUACAUACGUGGACCGUCUGGUGCAGAUAAUUGCGUUAUGCCCAUCGAUAGCGGCGCAGGCCCUGCAGCUUGCCCUACUGGAGGUGUUCCAGAUGCGCGACGUAAACCUGUAUCGCACGGUCCUGUCCACAUAUGAGCAGGUGUCUGUUGCUUCCAAUGGCCAACUCCCGCUAGUCGGUGACAUCGCGCCACUGAACCAGAAGUGGAUAGACGAGACGAAUCAGAAGAAUCAGGUCGAUCGGACGAAGCUCGAGGUCGAGCUGAAGACGUAUACAAGCAACAUGAUCAAGGAGAGCAUCCGGAUGGCGCAACGAGAUUUGGGCACGUUCUACCGCUCAGUCGGGGACCACACAGCAGCACUGAAGUACACCUCCAAAUCCCGCGAGUUCUGUACAACAAACCAGCAUGUCCUGGACAUAUGUCUUUCCAUACUCGAGCUGCUCAUCGAGUACCGCAACUACGCGCACAUCUCAACAUAUGCCUACAAGGCUGACACUGCGCUAGAGGCCACAGCCAACAUGGUGCGUGCGAACAGCAACAGUGCCGGUGCGACGGCGCCUGCGUCGCAGCCGAGUGUGAAGGAACGGGUGACGGCAGAGCGAGAGAAGGUGCAGACGAAGCUCGACGUUGCGAUGGCCUUGUCACAUCUUGGGCAAGGCAACUACGAGAAAGCGGCGGGCGCGUUCGUGAAGAUCGGUCCUAUCAAGGGCCUGGGCGACUGGACGGGCAGGAUCGUCGCACCUGGGGAUAUCGCGAUAUAUGCGACGCUAUGUGUGCUUGCGACCUUCACACGAGGCGCGAUCCGUGCUCAAGUGCUCGACAACGAUAAUUUCGGAGUGUACAUCGAGCAGGAACCAUACGUCCGCGAGCUCAUCGAGGCGUACAUGGGCAACCGGUUCAAGGCCGUUCUUGAGAUUCUCGACCGCUACACCACACGCCAUUUCAUCGACAUUCACCUCUCCGUGCACGUCACGAAUCUCACCAACCUUAUCCGCAGUCGGGCACUUGUGUUAUACUUCCAGCCUUUCGCGUCGAUCAAGCUAGAGCGCAUGAGCACCGCAUUCGGGUGGACCAUUGAGGAGCUCGAGGAACAGGUGGUCUCGCUCAUCCAGGCAGGCGAGAUCAAGGCGCGCAUCGAUAGGCAGAACAAGAUCCUGAAGGCGCGAGAGGUCGACCAGCGUACAGCGUUGUUCACCCGCGCGGUCAAGACCGGGGCGGACAUGCAAGCGGCGAACCGCAAACUCCUGCUGCGCCUGCGUCUACAGCAAGCGGACCUCGUAGUGAAGGCCCCGAAGGGCCAGUCUCUGAUGCCCCAUUCCAGUGAACUUGUCAACAUGUAUUGA